AUGGUCCACAGCGACAUGUCCAAGUCGCCUCCCUCAGCGGCGGCGGCGCAGGAGCUGCAGAUGGACGCGCCGGAGAGCGCGGCGCCCGCGGGGGCGCUCGGGGCGCCCGCACAGUCAUAUGGAAAAGGAGCUAGAAGGAAGAACAGAUUUAAAGGAUCCGAUGGGAGCACGUCAUCUGACACUACCUCAAAUAGUUUUGUUCGUCAGGGUUCGGCAGACUCCUACACCAGCCGUCCAUCUGAUUCCGAUGUGUCUUUGGAGGAAGACCGAGAGGCGGUGCGCAGAGAAGCAGAGCGGCAGGCCCAGGCCCAGUUGGAAAAAGCAAAGACAAAGCCUGUUGCCUUUGCAGUUCGGACAAAUGUCAGCUACAGUGCAGCCCAUGAAGAUGAUGUUCCGGUGCCUGGCAUGGCCAUCUCAUUCGAAGCAAAAGAUUUUCUGCAUGUUAAGGAAAAAUUUAACAAUGACUGGUGGAUAGGGCGAUUGGUUAAAGAAGGCUGUGAAAUCGGAUUCAUUCCAAGCCCAGUGAAACUAGAGAAUAUGAGGCUACAGCAUGAACAGAGAGCCAAGCAAGGGAAAUUCUACUCCAGUAAAUUAGGAGGAAAUUCAUCAUCCAGUCUGGGUGACAUAGUACCUAGUUCCAGAAAAUCUACACCUCCAUCAUCUGCUAUAGACAUAGAUGCUACUGGCUUAGAUGCAGAAGAAAAUGAUAUUCCAGCAAACCACCGCUCCCCUAAGCCCAGUGCAAACAGUGUAACGUCACCCCACUCCAAAGAGAAAAGAAUGCCCUUCUUUAAGAAGACAGAGCACACGCCUCCCUAUGAUGUGGUACCUUCCAUGCGCCCCGUGGUCUUGGUGGGCCCUUCCCUGAAGGGGUACGAGGUCACAGAUAUGAUGCAAAAAGCAUUGUUUGAUUUUUUAAAACACAGAUUUGAAGGGCGGAUAUCCAUCACAAGGGUCACUGCUGACAUCUCGCUGGCCAAACGCUCAGUGUUAAAUAACCCCAGUAAGCACGCAAUAAUAGAAAGGUCUAAUACAAGGUCAAGCUUAGCGGAAGUUCAGAGUGAAAUAGAAAGGAUUUUUGAACUUGCAAGAACAUUGCAACUGGUAGUUCUUGAUGCAGACACUAUUAAUCAUCCAGCUCAACUCAGUAAAACCUCUUUGGCCCCUAUUAUAGUUUAUGUAAAGAUUUCUUCUCCUAAGGUUUUACAAAGGUUAAUAAAAUCUCGAGGAAAAUCUCAAGCUAAACACCUCAAUGUUCAGAUGGUUGCAGCUGAUAAACUGUCUCAGUGUCCUCCAGAGUUGUUUGAUGUGAUCUUGGAUGAGAACCAGCUUGAGGAUGCUUGUGAGCACCUUGCCGACUACCUGGAGGCCUACUGGAAGGCGACCCACCCUCCCAGCAGCAGUCUCCCCAACCCUCUCCUUAGCCGCACUUUAGCCACCUCAGCGCUGCCCGUGAGUCCCACUGCAGCCUCUCAUUCACAGGGUUCUCAAGGCGAUCAGAGGACUGACCGCUCUGCUCUCGCCCGCUCUGCCCCCAACGCUGAAGAAGAACCUUGCCUGGAACCAGCCAGGAAAUCCCAGCACCGGCCUUCCUCCUCAGCCCCGCACCACAACCAUCGUAGUGGGACAAAUCGAGGCCUGUCCAGGCAGGAGACAUUUGACUCAGAAACCCUGGAGAGUCGAGACUCUGCCUACGUGGAGCCAAAGGAAGAUUACUCCCAUGAGCAUGUGGACCAUUAUGCCCUACACCGAGACCACAACCACAGGGAGGAGCCCCAUGGGAGUGGUGAGCACAGGCACAGGGAGUCUCGGCACCGGGCCAGGGACCUGGAUCGAGAGCAGGACCACAACGAAUGCAACAAACAACGAAGUCGUCAUAAAUCCAAGGAUCGCUACUGUGACAAGGAUGGAGAAGGAAUAUCCAAAAGAAGGAAUGAGGCUGGGGAGUGGAACAGGGAUGUUUACAUCCGCCAAUAA